CCACUGAGAAAACUCUAUGAUGACUGAGGUUUCAAAUGAUAUAAAAAGGCAACUAAAUGGAACACUUCUGUAGCAGUCCUGAAGGCACCAUGGCCAAGCUCAUUCUUGCCACAGGUUUAGCCAUUCUGCUGAAUAUUCAGUUGGGCUCUGCCUACCAGUUGAUGUGCUAUUAUACCAGGUGGGCCAAGGACAGGCCAGACUUGGGGAGUUUCAAACCUAAUAACAUUGACCCCUGCCUGUGUACUCAUAUCAUCUAUGCUUAUGCUUCAAUGCGGAACAAUGAGAUCACUCCAGUAAGCCCCGAGGACUUGAAGGAGUAUGAAGCUAUAAAUAAUCUGAAAACCAGGAACAUGGAGCUGAAAACUCUCCUGGCCAUUGGAGGUUGGAAGUUUGGAUCUAUCCCGUUCAGUGACAUGGUGUCUACUGCUCAGAAUCGUCAGACUUUUAUUUUGUCAGUCAUCAGAUUCCUGCGCCAUAACAAGUUUGACGGGCUGAACCUGGACUGGCAGUACCCUGGGUCCAGGGGAAGCUCACCUAAGGACAAGCAUCUCUUUACUCUCCUGGUGAAGGAAAUGCGUGUAGCUUUUGAGAAUGAAUCCUUAGAACAACACAAAACCAGGCUGUUAAUCACGUCCACAGGAGCUGGUAUCAUCUCCAUCAUCGAGGGUGGCUACAAGAUCCCUGAACUGUCACAGUACCUUGAUUACUUUCAGGUUAUGACAUAUGAUCUCCAUAGCUCCAAGGAUGGCUAUACUGGAGUUAAUAGUCCCCUCUUCCAAGGUCCAACUGACUGUGGCAUUAGUGCCUACCUCAAUGUGGAAGACAUCAUGACCUACUGGAAGAACCAUGGGGCUGAUCCUGAGAAGCUCAUUGUUGGAUUCCCAACCUAUGGACACACCUUCACUCUGAGUGACCCCUCUGACAAUGGAAUUGGUGCCCUUACCAUUAGUUCUGCCCCACCACGGAAGUACACAGAUGAAAGAGGAUUAUGGGCCUACUAUGAGAUUUGCAACUUCCUGGAUGAUGGAGCCACGGAGAAAUGGUAUGCCUCCCAGGAAGUGCCCUAUGCUUUUAAGAACACAGACUGGGUUGGCUAUGAUAAUGUCAAGAGUUUCAAGAUAAAGGUCCAGUGGCUCAUAGAAAACAACUUAGGAGGUGCCAUGGUCUGGCCCCUGGACAUGGAUGACUUCACUGGUUCUUUCUGUAACCAGGGAAAGUUUCCUCUGACCUCUACCUUAAAGCAAUAUCUCCAUGUCCAGAGUCGAAGUUGUAAGCCAACCAGUCGUGAGGAGCUUUAGCUUGUAAUUGGUCCUCAAAUCAUGAGAAUAAAUACGAGAUCAGCAGCUCUGGGGCAGUCAGUUCUAUGUGAGCCUCCUAUGGGAAAUAACAGAAGCAGCUUCUGGUCCUGCCUGAAUUGAAUGACACACCAGCACAACUGUUGAGAGGGUCUUCUCCUCAGCAUCACUUGUGACGCAACCAGGCAUGGUUUUCACGUGUCAGCUUGUCCAUGCUCUUAGAGACACAAGUGUCUCUGCCUUCCUAG